UCCCCCUAUGUUAUAACUCAGGUUUUUUUUUUUCAGGGUGAUAUUGUGCAUGUUUUUCAUUGGUGAAACAUGCAAACAUCAUGAAAAGUGCACAUGAUGGAGUCAGGAGUUGAUUGCCCUAAAAGAAGUUUGGUUGGAGAUGAUGCUGAGUGCAUGGAUGUGCAUAUUUAUCAAGUGAAUGGAGAGAAUCAUGUUCUGAAGCCUGGGAAGUUCUUAAUUCUCAAGUACCCCUUGUUGAUUGAGAAAAGAAAAGGUGGUGAUGUCCAACAGCCAUGUGGAGGAUCUUGUUUGGGGAAAGUAUCUACAAUAUGGAAGAAGUCUUCAUCAGAGGAUGUAUAUGUUACCCUUGAGAUAUAUGUAUUCCCUGAGUAUACGAAACAGGGCCGGAAGAGAUAUCAUGGCAAGGAUGAAGUUGUUUUGGUGGAGGAAAACAUGGAUAUCAUGGUCACAGAGCUACCAGAGUUGGAAAUACAGAUAACUUCUGAGUGGCGCAGGGGAUACCUUUGCCCAUUAUCACAGGCCAGUAGAAGUAAGGGUCAUAAGGAGCUCUUUUUUGCUAACAACAUAACAGAUGGCGAGAAGGAGGAUGUUCCUUUGGAUGUGAUGGUGCUAACAUUUGUGCAAUAUUGGCGAUUACGAGUUCUUGCUCGGAGAGUGGCAUCAGAGGACAUGGAGGACUUGAGUACCACCUUCUUAGCAGGCAUUGGCAUUCCUCUUCCUGGAGGCCCCACUAAAGUGUUCCUCUCACGAGAAAGCUGUCUCAUGUCUAGCCUCAUGACUACCAGUGGUGAUUCAAAGAUUGCUGAUGGAUGUGUCACUGAGGUCACUGAGGCAGUCAGUUCAGACCAUAUUGACAUAGAUGGUGAAAUCAACUUGAAGCCAGGAACAUCUGAGGUGCAUUCAAGAGUAUGGUAUAUGAGAGCUACCUCAAAAGCAAGUGCAUAUUCUACAGCAAAACACUUGGCUGGUUCUGCUACAGAUGGAGUAAAAAUGGAGGGAGAAAUGCUGUGGGAUGAAAUGAGAGAUGAAAACUGCAAGAUGGCCCAAGGAAACAUCAAUGGGGAGAAAUUUGGUAAAAAUUUUGGAGCUGGAAAAAGAGAAAUUGCCCUUGAACAUCUGCUGCCCAAGAGUUUGAGUUCAUUUUCCUCAGAGAAAGAUGCUUUCAUUGGGAACUUGUUGAGAUUCAUGGAAAGUAACAAGACACCAAUUCAAAGGAUUCCAAGUCUUGGACACAAGAGGUUAGAUCUCUUUCACUUUUACCUUGAAGUCAGGCUCAUGGGUGGGUAUCAUGCAGUAACACAGAAUAAGCUGUGGAAGACAAUCUAUAAUGCUCUUGGUGGAAACAAGCAGAACACUUCUGCUGCAACAUACACUCGAAAGCAUUAUGAGCGGUUGCUUUUGCCUUUUGAGACCCAUGAAAGUACUAUGCUUGGAAAACCAUAUGGCAAAGAGUACAUUUUCCAGGAAUUUGGAUUAGAAGGGAAUCGGGACAACAGUGGAUCGCGGAAGAGAAGUCGAAAGGCGAAAGCACCCCGGAAGAGAGAGGAUGCAAUUCCAAUGAGCUCAGUCAACAAUGGAAUCAGCCAGGCUGAGGGAGAUGAUGGCACUCCGGAUCUUGUACUGCCGCAUGAAAUAGUGCGCAAUUGCAUGCAGUACCACAAUGAUGCAGCAUUGCAGAAUCUAGCUCGAAUUGCUUGCCAGUUGCAAGAGGAAGAUAGUUCUGCAAUGCUCAAGAGAAAAAUCUCUGGAACCACUCAAGAAAAGUCAUCAGAUGUGGUGCCUUGUCCUGCAUCAGUUGAACGGUUUGAUAAGCAAUCCAAGAGGGGACCCAUCAAGAUGAAGAAAGCACAGAUUUUGACUGCAGCACCUGAGUGUGAGCUCAGAAAGUCUCUCCAAGGUAUCCAAAAUGUCAAAAAUGAAAGUCCCUCGAACAGAGAAGAAAUGGCUACUGAUGCAGAAGCCCUUGAUCUUAGUACAAGUAACAAGGGUUCCAGCAGCAGCAGUCAUGAAAUGAAUAGUGAAGAGCUGCUGGAUCUUAGUGUUAAGAAAAGUCGAAUCCAGGAUAUUGGGCCAAGCCAAGACUUUUCAAAGGUAUCUCAAGAAGAGAAGCAAACAUCAGUCUCUUCACCUGGACAUUCCAUUAUUUCACAAGCUCCAUCCAGCCUUGCAGCACAGCCUUUUUUUUCCUCUGUAGGAUUCUCUCCAGUUGUCUACCCACAAUUGUUCCCACUUGACCUGUUCUUUCCUUCAGGAGGCUCUGGAAUUCCUCCAGCUGGUCCAUCUUUUCAUGAUAUGCACAGCAUGCUGCAUGCCUUCCCAAUGACUAUUGCUCUUCAGAGUGGGCAAAAAGUGGAGCAAUCAACAUCCAGCUGCAAUUCAAAUUCAGAGGCAAGCAACAAGAAGGGAGCUGCUUAG